AUGAUCGCCAAAGCCGUCACACCCCGUGUCCACGUCUUGGGACUGGGAAGUAUCGGCACGUUUGCUGCUCACUCGCUCGCUGAAGUUCCGCCUCCUCUAACCCCGUCGAUCACUCUGCUACUACAUCGAGCGUCUCUAGUUGACCAGUACCGGAGGAAUGGGAGCCAGAUUACCUUGCAGACAAGAGAAGGCGAAAUUAUCAGCCACGGCGACUACAACCUGGAAGUGCUGCAAGAUGGCCAAUGGCAUAGCGCCUCUUCAACGUGUUGUGAGACGACACCGAUUCGCAAUAUGACGGUUCAAGAUGACAUCAUCGACAAUCUUAUCGUCUCAGUCAAAGGUCCACAGACAUCCUCAGCAUUGCGACCCUUGAAGCACCGACUGAAUGCUUCUUCACAUAUUCUUUUCUUGCAAAACGGGACUGGAAUGAUAGAAGAUGUCAAGAAGCAUGUAUUCACCAAGGAAGAAACCCGACCUAACUUCAUAACCGGGGUUAUAUCACAUGGAGUAACACUCAACUCACCCUUCAACAUCACCCAUACUGGAUUUGCAGCAACAUCUUUGGGCCUUGUGCCUCGGUGCGAACAAAUCGCCAAGGCCACUCCUAGAACAAAACCCUAUCUUCUCGACGCUCUUGCCUUAGUACCAAGAUUGAACGCUACCUCAUAUUCAUUCCUCGACGUUUUUCAGAUACAGCUAGAGAAGCUCGCAGUCAACGCAUUCUGCAAUCCUCUCUGCGCCUUGAACGACGCUAAGAACAAAUUCCUCUUCACCAUUCCCGAGACGAGACGCGCUCUGCUUACAGAGAUAUCCCAAGUUGUGUGCGCCCUUCCUGAGUUACGCGAUAUACCUGGUGUUCCGGAGCGGUUCUUAGUAGAGAGGCUCGAGGCGACAGUGGACGGGAUUAUUCAGAAGACGGCUGAGACUACGUGUUCAAUGGUAGUGGACCUGCGACGUGGACAGAAAACAGAGAUUCAGUUUAUUAAUGGGUACUGGUGUCGGCGAGGCAGGGAGGUUGGAGUGCCGACGCCGAUUAAUGACAAGCUUCAACACCAUACUCAUAUUCUCUCCUUCAAGGUUCCCCAUAUCACAGUCUACUAG